CAUUCUAAACCUCAUCGAAAGCAGCCGUAGAAAACUACAGCAGGAACAGAUAUCACGCACAUAACCAGCACCAGCAGUCGAAUCUGCGACGAAAAAAUCGUCCAUCAUCAAAAUUCGCUGUCCGUGGAUCGAAAAUCAUUCGGAUUCAAUAUAUACUGCACAAUAAAUAGCAAUCUUACGUUUCUUUCAAUCUCGUGAAGUCUCCGGAUUAUGAAGUGUUAAUAAAUCGUGAAAAAGUAGUUCAUCAAUCUCAAGGGACGUAGCAGAAAAAAAACUGGAGCUCAGACGUGUAAAAAUCAGAAAGCAAAUCCCGAUCCAUAGCAAUACCAGCAAGGAGCGAAGCGGUUUUGAAUGAUGGCACUCAACAUUGCAGUUCCGCUGGCAACCGUCGGGGAUCUGAUGGACGGCUUCGGACUACUGUCGCCAAUAUCACCUCUCAGUGUUGACUGCCGGAGUGUAACAGCGGCCGGAAGCCAUGGCAAAAAGCAGCUAGUCUCACCUGUUGGAAGCGAAUCGAGUGGCGUCAGUUCUCUGGAUUCUGAAGAGAUUAAGAAACCAUCAUCGCCAUCAACGACUCCAACGGAGGAAUUGGAAAGACCAUCGGUAGGUUCGCCUGCUCCACCAUCCGAGGAGAGUAAACCCGAAGUUGCAGAGACUGAAGAUGGAUGCUCAACUUAUCCGUCCUCCGCUUGUCCGUCAUCGUCGUCGCCAUCAUCUAUGCGGUCCUCGCUGUCCUCAACAGACAGCAUCUCCGAUGAGCCCGGAUCGAGUAAUGAAGAAACCGUUGAACCGACUGUGCUGGAAAGAGAGCCUAAAAUAGUGCUUAGCGGACGCAAUGUGCUUGAUUUGAUCGACAAUUUGACCGCCCCUGGUUAUUUUAGGCUGCAGUUUGCCCAGCUACCCGAGAACGAUAACAUUCAUUUCUUCCUGGACAAUCGCUCGCAAUACCAUCGCCUCGGAGCAAACGGACACAUUCAAGAAUACACGAUGGUCAAGUGUAGAUGUUGCGAUUUUAGCUAUCCAAUGAAUGGGACAUCUCCGGCGAAUGCAACUGCCGCUAUCGGAACCGCUGCAAUGGCAGGCUUCAAUCAAACGAGCAACUUGACCUCUGGUGCUUUCCAACAACAACAACAACAACAACAACAGCAACAAUUGCAGUGGAACAGUUUCAAUAGUAUUGCCAACAGUAGAGAUAAGAUGAACAUGAACGUCGCCGCCAAUGCAUUUAACAAGGCUUUUACUACAGGAACUGGUAACGGUAACGGAAACAGUAACAAUGGAGGUAGUCAGUAUUUCCGUAAUGGUAAUAUUGCCGCUGGACUUUUUGGAAGAGAUUCCAACCGUAAUAACGGCGGCAACAAUUUCUUAAACAGCACCAGCACGUACAACAAUCACAAAUCAUAUCAACAGCAGAGCUUCGGAAUCCCAAACAACAAUGGCAGUAAAUUCAACAAUCCAUACGGUCAAUUGCAGCAGCAACAGCAACCAUUUUACUCUAAGAAUCACUCGUUGCGUUAUGGCGCUGGUGGAAAUAACAAUACCGGAGGAGCGGGCCAAUCUACUAGCUCGACCUCCAAUGGGUUUAAUUCUUCGGCGGUUGCUGCAGCCGCCGCUGCACUGGCAAGUCAAAAUAUACUGAAUUUCAACAGCUUCAACAAUUCCAACAACAGCUUUAAUAACAACAAAAGCAACAGCAAUAAUAUGUUUGCUUACUACAAAACAAUGAUGUAAAAAUAGUAGAUUUCGCUAUCUGCAGUUAUGAAGCACCGACACCAAGAAUCGGUGUUGAAAGACUGUCGUUAACUAACUUGAGUACCCGCUCUGAUUUGAGGAGGAUUCCAGAUUGCUGCUGUUGACACAUUCUCUUCGCCCUAACUUGAUUCGCCUCGGGUUGAGGACAGUAGCAGGUAAAACGAAUGCGAUAGCCUAAUGACGAAUCCUUCCAAUUGAUAUUUAGUUACAAAAUUCAGCGUGAAUCGUGACCAGCCUUUGUGGCGGACCAAAUAUACCAAACAUCGAGCAAGAAACGAGUGUAGCGAAUCGUGACACUGCAUAAAAACGCGAGAAAGCUGGUUGCCAGUGAAGUACACAUAUUACAUUUUUAUACGUAGAGAUAUUCAACUGCAAGCCAACUUAAUUGUUGUAAUUAUUAUGCAUACCCACACACACGCGCAACCAAUCAUAUAUAUUUUAGAAUAAUUGACCUUGUGUAAAAAAUUAAUGUUGAAUUUUAGUUAUUUAUUAUUAUCGAUUGUAUUUUCUAGCAGAACCCAAACCAUACAAGGAGCUCCUAGUUUUUUUAUAUAGGUAGUUCAGUGCUAUUCGUUAUGUAAUAUGUGUUAGGAGAAUUCCUCGUUAGAAGAUGAAGUCGAAAGGAAACUGAAGUCAUCGAGUACGGCGAUGAAAUGUUUUGUUUCAAUAAUUCAUCGAAAAACAUGAUAACAUGAAAUUCACUACACAGAGAAAAAGAUCUCAUAGUCAAAAUCAAUUGAAUUAAGAUCAAAAAACUAAAUCGCAAUGAAAAUCGAAAUUUCAAUUUGAAAACUGACGGCGCAGCCUAUAGAAUGCAAAGCAAAACUAUAGAGAAAAUUGUUUUCCACCUAAAAUAUUUUUUUUUUUAUAAGAACAUCAUUCACGGUGUGUGUUUUAGAAUUAGGGAAGUACAGUAAAGUUGAAUAAACAGGUUUUUAUUAUGAGGAUCAUCACGCUAAACAAAAAAAAAAGAUGUGUUGUACGUUAGAAAACUUUUUCCGUCUGACAUACGACUAUUAACAGCAUGAUAAAGUCAGGUUGGCUAAUCACAAGCAAGCGUACCUAGUAUUAAUAGUUUCGUUGAUCAUUUUGCGUUUAAACGCCAUACACAUUUGUUGAAGCAUUGAAAUAAAAUCACAUUGAGGAAGCUCUGCUAGAAGCAGAAAUGAGAUUUCAGCUUACUUGCCAACUUCAGGGAUUCUGACCAACAAUGGCGAAGCAGCAGAGCGUUUCCAUGCCAAAUGAACUAUCGUCGAAUAUCGACCAUUUUCUAUUUGAAUGGAGCUUUGCGUACUUAUUUAACCUAGCAAGCUGAGUAUUUUCACCCACGGAAAUAUCCAAUUUGCUUAGUCAAAUACGUGUGCGAAGUUCCAUUCAAACCAAAAAUGAUCGAUUUAAUUUUUGCGUAUUUCCAGAUCGUUUGGCAUAGAUACACUCAGCAGUUUUACACCUAUCACAAACUAAUAAUCAAACAAGCAGUUUAAUGACAAUGCCAAAAUCUAGUACUUUUAAAGACAAACUUGUUUUCCUUGAUAUUUAGUCUGAAAAUCUAAUUAAGCGAAAUACGAAAAAAAAAUAAUUAGAAAAUGUAAUACUCAUUGAAUUCAUAGCACCGUCAUGGCUAGGCUGACUUGAGCUACGCGCUAUCAACAUGAAGCAUGAUAACAGAAGACUUCUCUUCGAUGCCGGUAACCUGCUUUAGUUUUUUUACCCCAAAUAUACAUAAUUCUGGUGGAGAAGGUAGUUGUAGGAUAAACUAAUUUAAUUAAGCGAUAGAAACCACAAAUUUCAAUACUGCGUAAGAUGUUCCCUAGGAAAUCGGAAUUGCUAAAAAAAGCGUGAAAUUUUAACAGACUUCAGCGUUUCAAAAACGAGCAAUGAGAUGAUUUUUUAUUCAGAUAACACAAACAAUAUCAAAACUUUUCUAGUGAGAGGUACUUUCUAUGUUAUUCUACCAAAAAAAAGCAAAUUUUCAGUUGUUUAACAAAUAUAUUUAAAUGUGUAACUCCACAAAUAGUGAUUAUUCAAAUCGACCGACACACACACAUACCAGCGAGCAAGAGCUCCGUAUAUGGGAAUGUAAGCACUCUAGAUUCUAGCUAAGAAGAAAAACAAACAAACGAAUAAUUAAUCAAUAGACGUGUAAGAAAGUGCUCAUAUAAAUCGACUUAAAAACACGAAAAAUCGAUCCGUUCGGGCGGGUGCAGGCAAUCGCUCUCCGAAAUCUAAACAGCACACACAAGUGCACCAUACGAACGAGCGACAAUUCUUCAUGUGCCGUCACUGUCCGUGCGAGAGAAGUGGUGAGGCGGAAUACGAGUUCUGUCAACGGAACAAAUAUAAUGCUGAGUCAUGCUAGCAAGUUUCUUCUAAUUUUUCCUUUAAAACUGUAUAUUCGGAGAUUUAUUUAGAUUUUUCUUUUCCAUCUCAUUAUCUGCGUAGUUCGUAUUUGAAGUUUCAUCUUAUAAUUAUGUAGCAAAACCAACUUAGUGAAUCGAAAGCAAAAAAAACUUAAGAAAAGGUUUAAGUCGCGCCACGUAUCAAUUUUGUUUGUGUUACAUUUUCUGUUGUUCUUUGUUACACAUUUUACUUGCUGUUCUAUUUCUCAUUCUUAGAAUAUGCUGCUCAAUUCUGCUUUCCACACUCUCAAAACCGGUAGUUACUUGUAAUAUUUUUUUUUUAAGAUUAUUUGCAUUGAGUUACAACUAACAUAUUUAAGUAAUAUAAACAAUACAAACCAGCUAGAAAGAAAACUUUGUAUGACGAUUAAUUUUUUUCGGUUUUACGUUUGCUUUGUUGCUUACUGUGAUGGACUUUGAUUAAGAUGUUGAAAUGUGUAUUGUUUCUUUUUUGUUUGUUUUCCUAUUAAAAUACCUAACCUAGUACAUUACCAUAACUCUGUGGCCGGGCUGUGACUUUGUCACCACCACAAAGAAGCGUAGUUGCGCAGUUGUCGAUAUAAUACUUAUUACCUUGUUUCAGAUACGUGUAUCUUAACAUUCUAGUUUCUAGUUCAUAGAAGUUUUUUUAUUAAUCACUAGCUUUAAGUACGUUUUGAUGAAGAACGAGAAAAUAUCUGCAUAAAUAGUUAAACAACACCACGAAGAAUUCCUAUUCGAUACUCGAAUUGCCGAUAAAACUUUAUGCGAAAUCAAGCUUAUUUUAAUGCUUACAAAAAUCAUUUAAUUUGUAUACCUUAUACACUGCUCAAUGCGACAUUAGAAAAUGUGGUUGUUGAGCAUUUUAUGUUUCUUGUUAUCUUUUCUGGCGGUGAAAAUUAAUCGUCAUACCAUGAGCUAGCUAGUACCCUAAAAACGUUAUCUAAUCACUAUGGAAAAGUUAACAUAACGAGUCAACUAAAGAAGCGAACUAUUCUUGAAAACAGCAAUUCGAUGUAGAAGCAAACAUUUAUUUAUAACUAAAUUAUUUUUGUCCAGUGUUUUUUUUUUUUCUAAAUUUGAAUAUUCUUUAAUAUUGUCUCGCUAAAUAUCGUAACACGAAAUGAAGAAAAGAUCCUUCCUGAUAGUCAUUAUUGCCUUAUUAAAGCAUACUGUAUAUAUAUGUGUGUUAUCUUCUCUACCGUUAGCAUAAGAAUAAAAGUGCAUUGAUAUGUAUGCAUGUACGUUUGUAUGUUCACCGGCGGCAAAAUUAAAACAAAAACAUUCAUCUAGAGAGUGGAAGAGGGAAAAUAACCAAAAAACAAAUAAAUUCGCAAUUAGAUAGUUUAAAACAAAAUGAAAGGGUUUUGACAAUAAAGCAAAGAGCUGCUUUUCAUUCGGUUCUUAUCCUGCCAUUACUAAAAUAUGUUUCCAAAGCAAAAAUAUGUAGUUAUCUAUCAUCCACAAUGGAGAGAAAAUAACCAGAAACUUUCUGACGUAACUAAAAGAAAUAAGCAGAAAAAAAACAUAAGUGAUCUCAGAGAAUUCUGUUUAAUCUGUAAGCGGUGCUCGAUUAUAGGCAUGUCGACACAAUAUCAACAACAGUGUUUUGUAAAGUAAAUAGCUCAUAGACUCAUAUUAAGUGUACUGUCAAAAUAUCGCGAAACGCCUUUUCUUGGGAAAUAAUUGAAUUUAUUAGGAACGGUAAAAACUUAUUCAAUUGAAAUGCGUCGGCAUAGCUGCAUUUCACUGGUGGUAAAAUUGGUAAAUUCAUCACAGCUGUAUUCUAACCAUCACCAAGCGUUGAUUUCUAUACUGUCGAUAGCAAAAUUUUACUUAAGUUUGUUUUACUAAGGCACUGCCAUUUCUGUUAAGUUGAAAAUCAUUUUCAAAUCGUAAAUGCCUUAACUUUUCCUACGUUUAAACUUCUAUUUGGCUAUUUUUCUGGUUAAAAAUUUACCUUCGAUAGUACAAAAUAGUGCCUUAUUGAACAGUUAAUAUUUGGUUGCUGUAAAGAUUAAAUUAUUCCAUUAUCGGCAGUAUAAAAAUCCUCUGUCCUUCGAUACAAGCUGCAGUGAAUCGAUUGAUUGUUCUGGCAUUAUUUCGUUUGUAUUUAUUUUUUUUAUCAUUCAAAAUUUUAAAUCUCAGCGUUAAGUAAGCGCUUUCAUGCCAAAUACGUACCGAACUAUAAAUUUAUCGGGUUAUUUUGCCUUUCCCCCCCUCUGGGUUUGACGUAUCCUUGUAGUCUUGUAAGCAACAGAAUUUAUCGCAAGAUGGUAGCAAUAUUAAUAUUUAUAAUUCAAUCGGCAUCAAAGACAUCAACGAUGCACUCAUAAAUCGUGCAACAGCGAAAUUAUCACCGUCAAAAUGCAUCAUCGCUAGAUUCGUUAGGAGAAGCUUCAAUAACAAUGCCACCAUAACUACUGGGAAAUGAAAAACAAAUCUAGCAUCUUGUAUGUAAGGUUUUCCCUUGUGCUUAAGCCAGUAUGUUCUGAUGUUUAGACAUAUUUAUAAUAUACAUACACAGCAGAUUGCUACACAUCCAACAGCUAAAUCCUCACAUAUGAAUAUGUAUACCACAUACCACAAAAAACACCGCAGAAUAAAUCAAUUUAAACAUCUUGAAAACAACCCAAAAUGCAAAAACUUAUCAAACAAACCAUUUUACGUUCAGCAAAGUUCAAAUUGUAUGAUAUCUUUAGUAAUGAAAUAUCUUUCUUUUAGUGCAGUAUACAGAGUUUUUAUUAUAUAAUAGAUUUUUACACUCUACAUAUUAGGCAAAAAAAGGAUUAAAAGAAAGAAAAGGGAAGAAGACGUUUUUUGUACGUAGAAUAAAGUUGGUUAUUUUCGAUUUUUACCGGAAACAGGAAAAAUGGCAAAUGGUAUGUUAAAAUUGUGUGUCAGACCGACAGAGAAGGACAAAAAACAAGCGAUUAGCGCCUCUGACUCCAUUUUGCUGCUUCUAACUGGCAUACCAAUUGUUAAUAAUAAAAAGAAAAAAAAUGCAAAUAAAAAAUACUAAAAACGAAACAUGCAAACAAGAAGAAGAAACACACUAUAUUCUUAUUGAUUGAGACUGUAUAUUCCAUUGUGAUAAAACAUAAUUAAUAAAUAAAAAAGGAAAUUAAAGUACGUUGAAAUAAUGAA